AAGCUGUUGCUGUAGUUCAUUCAUAUGAAGAUGGCAUGCCUGCUGGAUCUCAUAAGACCAGACUAACAGCUCUGAAUGUUCCCCCUAUGGGUCUGUUCUACCCUAUGCUUUUGGUUCCAGAUGUGCAUCCUCCUCCACCCCGUUUUUGGUUUAAUGACUAUGAAGAUAUGCUGGAAGAUACAUGGCAUAUGGAAUUUCCAAGAAGAAGUGAUAUGUCAGAUGGUUCGUAUUCCAGCCUUAAUAGUGGGUUCCCAAUGUGGGACAGCUACUCAUUUUUUCAAUCUAAACCAAAGAAAGAAGAUUGCAUUGGCCUUGCAGAAGCUAUCACAAAGAGCAUUCUUUCAACAGGGCGUAUAGACCUCCAAAGAAAAUUAUUUUGUAGCAUACAACUGUUUGGUGGUGUUGCUUUGACAGCUGGUCUCAUUUCUGCUGCAGAAGAGAGGUUUGUUUAACUCUUGCUUAUGUAGUAUUAAAGAAAGUACUAACUUAUAUAAUCU